AUGGCAACUACAAUGCUGCAAAGCACGACUGGGGAAAUGUUUGAUGCAUCUACAAUGUUCACUUGCUUGAGCUGCAGCAUCGCGUUUCCGUCGGCAGAUGAUCAGCGAGCGCACUAUCGCUCAGACCACCACAGAUACAAUAUGAAGCGACGCGUAGCAUCAUUGCCACCCGUUAGCGUUGCAGUCUUCAACCAAAAGGUGCUCGAGAGAAGAACCGAGACGGCAGUAAUGUCUUCUACCAAGGGCUCUACAUGCACUAUAUGCAACAAAAGCUAUGGAUCGGAAAACGCCUAUCGAUCCCACAUCAACUCGAAGAGACAUAAAGAAGCAGAAAUAAAAUACAAUGCCGGGAUCAAGGAUGAGAUGGAUAAGGCCACCACCGAGAGUGCACAAACCGUAGAAGCGCCCGCUCCAAAAGUCUCUACACAAGCACGCCCAACUACAAACGAAGACGAGGAUACCGAAAUGUCAAUCGACCAAAAGAUCGCUCGGGCGCGAACCCGUCUCACGCCGUCGGACUGCUUGUUCUGCUCCGCUCGAUCAGACUCACUCGCGUCCAAUCUGACACAUAUGUCGGUCGAACACGGCUUCUUCAUCCCCGAUGCAGAGUAUUUGGUUGACGUUGAAGGCCUCAUCUCCUAUCUGGGCGAGAAAAUUGCCAUCGGUAAUGUGUGCAUCUAUUGCUAUGGAAAGAGACGGAGACAGCCCAAUUCGAAAGGCCAGUCAAGAAAAGAGGAGGCAGAAGAAGAGGUAACAGGGAGAGAGUUCCGUUCGCUCGAAGCGACACGGCGCCAUAUGCUUGACAAAGCACACUGCAAGAUUGCGUUCGAAACAGAAGAGGAGCGACUCGAAGUAUCAGACUAUUACGACUUUACAUCAUCAUAUCCAGAGGCAUCCCGCCGCAAGUCUAGAAAGACAAAGGCUGAAGAGGAGUGGGAGGAUAUGGAUGGCGAGAGUGGCGGCGAGAUGGAUGAAGUGGUGGAGGACGACGAAGAAGAUAUGGACACUGACGGUGACGAACAUUUACCAGAAUCUGGAGUUCGACUUGGAGACACACCAUACGAGUUGGUUCUGCCCUCGGGUGCACGAAUCGGGCAUCGUUCGCUACGACAUUACUACAAGCAAAACUAUAGAGCUUCGACCAAGGAGGAGACACGGUCGGAAGAGGAUCCCAAGUCGGGGGCUGCCCUCGUUCGGGAACUGCUGUCCCAGAAAAAUUCGGCGCUCGUCCCGCGAAAGGGAGGGUUCGGCGCCUUUGGUGAAGGUGGAGAAGUGGUCAAGGCGCGCAACCCGGGCGAGGCGAGGAAUGCAGGCCGACACGUCAAGGAGUAUCGGGAUGUGAAGCGACGUGAAGAAUUCAAGACCAGAAUUGGAUUCAUUUCCAAUAACCAGAAGCACUUCCGAGAACCUUUUCUGCAAUGA